CACGUGUUUUGCCUUUCAUGCUUUUGGUUUGAUUUGGUUUGGUUAGCAUUUUUCCGCCGUCUGGAGGAGUUAGUAUUGUUUUAUAUAUUUUAAAAAUCUUUUAUAUUUAAGACAUGGGGAAACCAGGAUUUUCACCACGCGGAGGAGGUGGCAGUGGUAGCGGUGGUCGUGGACGUGGUGGGGGUUUUGGUGGUCGAGGUGGCGGUGGUGGCCGCGGUGGUGGCGAUCGAGGACGAAGCAGCUUCGGUGGUCGUGGUGGAGGCGGUAGAGGCGGUGGUGGUAGCCGAGGUGGGCCUGGUGGACGAGGAGGAAGGGGUGGAGGAGGAGGUCGAGGUGGACGAGGCGGAGGUGGUGCGGGGGGUUUCAAAGGAGGUAAAACUGUUGUAAUAGAACCCCAUCGCCAUGAAGGCGUUUUCAUAGCACGUGGAAAAGAAGAUGCUUUGGUAACACGAAACUUUGUUCCUGGUUCUGAUGUUUAUGGAGAAAAACGAAUUUCUGUUGAGACAAAUGGCGAAAAAAUAGAGUACCGUGUAUGGAACCCCUUCCGUUCCAAACUUGCAGCAGCUAUCUUGGGAGGAGUUGAUAAAAUUCACAUGCCUCCUGGCUCUAAAGUGCUUUACUUAGGAGGGGCUUCGGGCACAACGGUUUCACAUGUUUCGGAUGUUGUUGGGCCUGAAGGUCUUGUAUAUGCCGUUGAAUUUUCACAUCGUUCCGGUCGUGAUCUCAUCAAUGUAGCAAAGAAACGUACAAAUAUAAUUCCGAUAAUUGAGGACGCUCGUCAUCCUCAUAAAUACCGAAUGCUUGUCGGAAUGGUUGAUACGAUAUUUGCAGAUGUGGCACAACCAGAUCAAGGGCGUAUUGUCGCAUUAAAUGCUCAACAUUUCCUUAAAAAUGGUGGACAUUUCGUUAUAUCUAUUAAGGCAUCAUGUAUUGAUUCUACUGCGCAACCAGAGGCAGUGUUCGCCGCUGAAGUUAAAAAAAUGCAAGCAGACAAGUUAAAGCCUCAAGAGCAGAUUACGUUAGAGCCUUAUGAACGCGACCAUGCAGUUGUUGUGGGAAUUUAUAGACCGCUACCUAAAGGUGUUGGCUCCUAAAUACAAUUUUUCUAGUUGCUUUAAUUUUAAAGAUUGUCAAAUUUUUUAUAAGAUCUAGAUUUUAGGUGACAUCAAAUCCAGAUUUAAUUACAUCAACAACGGCACUUAUUUUAUGUACGUUUUCAAUUAUUGCAGUUAAUAUGAGUAUAUUCUAACUGCACUGUAAUUUAUAGAAAAUCGUGUAAAUUGUAAAAUAAACCUUCGAAGACAGGUUGUUUUACAAUUAAUUGAUAUUUGAUGACAGUGCACCGUGUGUAAAGAGUUUGUACUAAAGAAUACAAAAAUAUAUAAACUGCGGUAUGAGAUAAAUGACAGUUUAAGUUUAUAAGUAAGUUAAUUUAAGUGCAGUUUUUCAAUGUAUAAUAUGUAUUUACAACUUUUUUUUAGUUUGAAGAACUGCUUCAAUCGGAAGCGAAUUACAGAUAAUAAAACCUUGAUAAUAAUUAGA